AUGCUCUUUUUCCUCAGACCCCUGAAAACAACGUCGUCGGCUGCAGACACCUCAAGGUUUGCAGGCUUGACCUUCCCGAUGGUCGUGCUCAUCGGUCUGUUUUUUGUCUCCGGUCUCGCGACAGCCUCCGUCGUCAGCCAGCAUUUAGGCAAACCUACGAGUGACACGGACGCCGACAAAGGCAAUGCACCAUCAAUGUUUGCUCAAACACAAACCGGUGGUCGGUACGCGGACGCCGAUGGCAACUCUCAAGACUCAACUUAUCCUGUCCAAUCUGAACUGCAGAAUAUGGCAGAGGGAAGAAAUGCCGAGACUCCCUAUCUCAGUAUCUCACAGAUCGGUACGUUUGUUCUAUUUGAAAGCGGAGACUUACCGGUACACCUGCCAAGCUUUUGAAGGUCGGCAGGUUAUGCACGACAGGGAGAAUUAGUUAAAGUUUGCAGGCUAUUGCGAGUUUUAAGAAGGGAUUGGGUAUAGGUACGGGUACAGACAGAAUAGUGCUAUGUAACCGCGGCUGACACGUACGAUAACAUCAUUCUGAUAGUAAAUAUCUACGCACUCCUUUUGCCAAAUCGCCUAUCUUGAUACUACUUACUGCUCACAGAUAAGCAUUUAAAGGAAAUCCCAAAAAAACUGUGCAAGGAGUAUGUUUGUUAGGUAGGGCAUGCAUCUUCUCUCACAACAUAUGUGACUUUUUAUUGAAAACCGUUAGGCCGUCUAAAAGUAAUGAAUUCAACUGCUCCAAGCUUUGUCUAGAGCAUAGAUUUGCGCAUGCGAUUAACCACUUACUUUUAUCUAACGUGCGAACUGCGUAGGUUUGUUAAUUGAAUUUGGGUUCUUAACUAUAAAUGCCAGAUGCGAUUUGGGGAACAGAACUACUGAGAUGAGGUUCCAGCCCAAUUAAUUAUCGUCGUGAAUAAUGGGUCAGUGCCUGGAGUGGCGUUGGGGGACUCAAAAAUGUGACUGAGUAUUUAUUUGAGAGGACAAAAAGGGACAGUGAAAGCCCCGCUAACCUGCUCAGCAGUGACAAACAUCUCACAUGGAACAAGCACUUUGAUUUCUGAAGGGGUAUUGCGGCUUUACGGGAAGACACGGUUCACAAGCUGGCGCUGAACGCUCUUUGAUGAUUGAUCUCUCGUAAGAACUGAUGGCACGUUUUACUGUCUAUGAACAGCCUUACGUGGGCUUUCCACAAAAACCCGAUGCGAUUUCCAGCGUCAGGGCGGCAGCGUCCACUCUGCCGUAUAUGCCUUGACGCAGGGAAUUUUCACUGGUUGAGACGCAAUGAGAAAGCAUUUUGAUGUCUGCUUAUAGAAACCUCUAUCAGACAGGAGAGGCUAAGGCUAUAUCAUUAUCAUAUAGGCACGGUUUCCUAAAGCGUUUCCUUAAACUCCUUCUAGAAACUGCAUAAAUAUCUGCGGAUUUUGACCUUCCAUACGGACAAUUAAUCAAAAUAAAAUUAUUUUCCAUGAUGAAUGUUUACUCGAAACCUAUACUGACGCAUACAUAAAGAUCAAUUUCUCCUGAAGCAUAUCCUGGUAAAUUUCUGGCGACAGACGGAGCAGAGCACAGAUGUGAGCAGGUUAACCUGACGACUCAGUCGAAUUGGGAAUUCUUUCCUUCAGCAUGCCGUUUCUCAUCCACUUCACUUUAUCAAUUAUUGUUGUUUUCAAUAUGUCUAGCAAAAUAAUCUUCAUUAUUUGAAGUUGUGUUAUUGCAAUUGCACUGUUAGCCGGCCUUAUGGGAGACGCAGCUCUCACGGAUUCUGACGUGGAAUCAAUGCUAGCAUCAGACAUUGGCAGUCGUCUUCAUUCACCUACGGCUAAUAAACAGACAAUCGACGAAGUCCUAGAGAGCGACAUAUUUGGAGACUUGGAUCAGAAUGUGAACAAGUCGGCGAGGUCUGAUGAUGCCACCGGCCAGACAGUGAAGUAUGUGUCCUAGUUUUUGUUCUUUUUUUGGGUUCUCAUUGUAAGCUUUGCUUCCGACAGUAACCUCAGACUACUGUGUUUGAGCGUUCCGCAGUCAAAUCUGUGGCAUGCUUUUAAUGCGGUCCCCUUAAUGAAAUUGCUCACAAAUUUUCGCACGAUAGGUAAACCAGUAAUCGUUCUAGUCGAAAAUACAUUUCAGAACUUUGGAGAGGUAGGCCAGAUACUGCGGCAUUGCGCAGGUCGUUUUAGCUUGAGUUAAUUUUAAGGGAAAUGAAAACACACAGGCGACCCAUAAGAGAACGAACCAGGGUCUAGUUGCGGAAGUUGUCAUGGUUUUCGUUGAGGUGAUCUGUUGAAUUCAGCGCUUUUGAAACAGAGGCUAUAAAGCCCCAGUGCAGCGAAUUAUGCUGGUAAAACUGGAAUGAAUUUACAGGAUUCACCAUCAGCACUGGAGCUCGUGUCAAUUUGCCAACUAUGGCGUAAAUAGAGAUCGCGCAAAAAACUGUAAAUUGCGCCGUUCCUGCAGUCACAAACAGCACUCAGAGGACUUAAUGCAGUGCUGAUUUCAUACACACUGUGGAAUGCUCGCGCACUGAUCUACUAAGAAUUCUCGAGGUUCCAGAUAUCUGCGAAAAUUUCUGUUGCAGUGGCCAUUCGUCGUCUAUUGUACUCAAAUAAACAAUGUGACAGGUCUUCUGCUGCUGCUUCUUUUUAUCUCACUGCUCUCUUUGAAUCCCUUUGUUUGCGAAGGAAACAACAGGAUUUUUCAUACCAGAAAUCGGUAGGUGAAGGGCAGGGACCAAAUGGAGUCAAAGGGGCUUUGUUGCCGUCGUCGUCUUUGACUAAAGGUCUGUAUGCUGCUAGCGCCAGUGAAGGAGGGCCGUUGCUGCGCAGUCGACGAGCAGCCGUUUCAUACCAACGUGCUCUCUGGCCAUUAGGAAUCGUUCCGUAUGUGAUACGACCAAUAUACCCUAGUAAGUUCACUGAAUAUUCUCAUCAGAUAUAAAAAUGAAAUUUGAGCUUAGUUGCCUCUCUGGGAUAGAUAAUGUUAAGAAAAAGGAUCGAAUAUGUAAAAAUAAUACAUAUGCCGACCGCGAAGAUCUUUCUAUAUAUAUAUAUAUAUAUAUAUAUAUUUCGAAGAAGAAUGAGUCCUUUGGGAAAAUGAACAAACUUUAUUUCGUAAAUUUUCGAGUCUGGUUCCCCAGCUCGUCUUCAGACGUGUAGUAAGUGUGAAAAAACAGUCAAAAUUUAAAGUUUAAAAUAUAUAUAUAUAUGCAGUAGGUCACUAACUCAUGAAGUGUCAACCGAAAUUCCGAAAUGCGUUUUCGUUUCUUAAAGAUAAAUAAAGCAGGGUUGUAGAAAUAAUCAGCCUACAGGACAAUCUUAUAGAAAUUCAGUUACCGCAGGAUGCCGCCUUUCAAAGGAACUUCCUUGCGGUUGCAUGUGAAAACUACACUUUAAAAAAUGGCUGCUGAAUUAUCAUUAAUUUUUCUCAUUGAUUUUCGAUGCCUUUAAGAGUCAAAUUGUGUUCGAUAGAAAAAGGCAUAAAGUAGUCAUUCUUUCGGUCAUUCGGUAGGCAGUUAUGUCUUCUUUCAUUUUCUUUACUCGAAUGAAUAAGGCGGGAUGGAAGGGUAUAAUCCGGUUUUUUAAAACGUUUCCAAUUCCCGAAUAAUUUUGAACACGCUCUGCCGUUACACUUGGAUUCGGAGUUUCCAAACUACAUGCCGUAUAUUUCCCGCCUACGGAAAACUACACAUUUCUCUACGGUAGGAAAGGGAAACCAUAUAGGCUUCAUAAAAUGUAGCAAUCGAUUUGAUCCAUAUUGUUAACGUUACCAACCAAAUUGGUAAAUGCAUAUUCAUGACUUUUUGCGAACAACAGGCCAGAAGCAGACAACUGUUUAAUAGCCGUUAUCGAUCAUUGGUACGAUGACGUGCUGGAUUGAAAUGCUUGCAUACCUCACUAGAUAAGGCCUACGGCGCGCUAAUGAUCAGCAACAACCGUGAACGGACUGUUUGCAUUUGGUUUGUUGAACCAAAAUUAGCUCUUUUAUAUGUGUAUCAACAGAUCUGCGUAAUACAGAUAACCCAAUUGUGAAAAUCUGGGAAGUUUCUGUGAUUUUCGUAACCACGAAGUCAAAUGUAAGUCUUGCGCAGAGUGAACGCUCUAGUGGCCAAGGCUACAAAAAAGCCUCCCUGAAAUUCGUAAGCUUAGUCGAAUUGAGGUAAAGUUAUCCGCUUAAUCUAUUGGCGAUGAUCUUUCAAAGGUGGGCGGAUAAACACAUACGUAUAUAUGUAUGUAUAUGUCAGCAUAUCAACUCCCUUGAGAACAAAAUAACUUUUUUGCGUAACAUUUUUACGAUUUGGUCUUUUUGGAGAAUUUGAUAUUUUUCAAGGUUACUUCUUGAGAUGCGCAUUUCGUAAAAGUGAACAUAUAGGACAGAUUUGUGUUCGCCCGUCAGGUUAUAGAUCAUUUAUUGGUCUUUUGGCUCAAUCUGGAACCCUCACAUUUAUUCACAUAGCAGAUAAAUAAAAUAGGUGUACUGAAUCAUGAAACAUUCACCGAAAUUCUAAAUUGCGACUUCGUUUUGAAAAAAAGGAUUACUCAGGUAGGCUUUUGAAAUUAAUUAUCCUGCAAUUAAAUCCUCUAAAAAUUCAGUUAAUUCGAGAUGUCGGCUUUCAAAGAAACGUCUUUAUGGCGCAUGCAAAAACAGCACUUCCUAAAAAAAACUUCUAAAUUAUUGUUAGUUUUUCUGAUUAAUUUGCGAUGUCUUUGAAGAUUUAAUUGUAUUUUACAGCAAACGUGCAUGAAAAUAUUCAUUCUUUUACUCAUUCGGUAGAUGUUCAUGCCUUUUAAUGACUGUGCUCUCGACGGACGGCUAUUAAUUAAUCUUCAAAAAGACUUCCAAUUACGAGAUUGUUUAAUGACGUGAAAGGUCCGUCGGUAAAGCAGCGUGUCUCUGCAUUUCCAAGGGUUGCUUACAAAGUUAACAAUAUGGCUGAAAUAAACUGCUAAAUUUUAUGAACUUCAUAUGGUUUUUCCAUAAUACUGUAGAGAUAUGCAUGGUUUUCCGUACGCGUAAAAUAUACGGCUUGUAGUUUGCGGACCCUGCAUACAAAUUUAGCGGCAGAUCGGUCAACGUUUAUUCAGGAAUGGUUAAUGAUUUUAAAAACCUAAAUAUACUCUUCCUUCUAUGAUAAAUUGGAAGAAAGUAUUAUUUUCUACCGAAGAUUUAAAGAACGAAUAUUUGCGUGCACUAUUUUCUCAAGACAUUAUUGAAAUUUUAGGCGCCCUGAAAAUCGUUGGGAUAAAUUGAUGCUACUUAAGUAACCAUUUUACAGAGUGCGUUUUUUCAUUCCGCCGAAAAGAAGUUUGUGUCAAAGCCGACAUCUCGAGGUUACCUCAUUAUUAUUAAGUUAUCUUUUACAAACGAAAACCUAUAACAGAAUUUCGGUCAACAUUUCAUGAGUCAGCACAUUGACGUUAGUACGCACACCUUUUUUACGAAAUAAAAUUUGUUCAUUUUUCUAAAGGACUUAUUCUUCGAAGUAUGUAUAUAUAUAUAUGCAAGCAAAUCCAGUCGUCUGAGAAGAAAAUAACUAUUUGCAUAUCUUUCUGACUGUCUGGUCUUCCUGAAGUAAAUUCUUUUGAUGCGCAUUUCGUAAAAGUGAACAUAUAUGACAGAUUUGUGAUCGCCCGUCAGGUUAUAGGUCGUGCUCAUCCAUGUGAUCUUUUGGCUCAAUUUAGAAACCUCACACGCAGUCGCAUAAAAGGUAAAUACAUAAGGUGUACUGACUCACGAAAUGACAACUAAAAUUCUAAAAUGCAUUUUGGUUUCAAAAAGGUUACUUAAUUAAGGCUUUGAAAGUAAUCACCCUGCAACGAAUUUUUCUAAUAAUUCCGUUACCGCGAGAUGUCAUCUUUCAAAAAACGGCUUUUUGCCAUAUGCAAAAACAACAAUCCGUAAAAAUAACUACUAACUUUGCAUGAAUUGUUCUGAUUAAUUUUCGAUACUCUUGAAAAUUCACUUACGUUUCAUAGAAAACAGGCAUGAAAAUAUUCAUGCUUUCACUCAUUAGGUAGAGAUUUCUGUUUCCUAUUAAUUUUAUUCUCAAAGGAAUGCUAUUAUUCGGUCUCCAAACGGUUUGUAAUUGUGAGGUUGUUUAAUGCCGCGAAGAGUCCGCUCAUAGAGUUCCGUAUCUCUGCAUUUCCUAGUGUAGCUUGUAAAGUUAACAAUAGGGCUGAAAUAAACUGCUAAAUUUUAUAAACAUUCUAAAUUGUAUAAGCUGCUAAAUUUUAUAAAUUUUAUAAACUUUAUAAAUUUUAUAAAUUUUAUUCUUAAUACCGUAGAGAAAUGCAUGGCUUUUCGUACGCGAAAAUAUACGGCAAGUAGUUGGCAAACCUAAAAUACAAAUCUAACAGCAGGUGGGAUCACAAUUAUUCGGGGAUCGGAAACGUUUUUAAAAACCUAGUUUUACUCCGUCUUCGAGGCUGAAUUUGAAGAAGUUAUAAUUUUCUACCGAAUGAAAUAGUUAACGAAUAUUGGGAUGAAAGUUUUCCUUAAAAUAUUAUUGAAAUUUUAGAGGCAAUAAAAAUCAAUUAGAUAAAUUCCUGCUACUUAAGUAGCUAUUUUACAGAGUGUGUUUUUCCAUGCGGCAGGUUAGACGUUAAUCUGAAAGCUGAUAUCUCGACGUUAGUGAAUUAUUAUAUAAUUUUGCUGCAAGAUGAUUAAUUGUACAACCCUACUUAAGUAAUCUUUUCGAAAUGAAAACUUAUACCGGCAUUUCGGCCAGCAUUUCAUGAGUUAACACACCUACAGUAGAUGCCGGAAAUAAUAAAUGGAACCGAGACGGCUAUUUUUUUCUUAGCGUUUAUAUGUUUGUGCUAAACUGAUGCUAGAGCACUAACUUUUUAAUGAAUUUGUCUGGAGCUUUAAAGAUAAAAUGAGUCUUCUGGACGCAGACCAGGAUCGACUGCGGAUUAUAUUAAGGUGAUUGUACCUAAUAAAAAUAUAUGAGAAUUCCAUGACAUUUCAUGAGGUCGGACACUCACAGUAAACAUUUACUUGGGUGAUCCACUUGGUAUUUGCUUGAUAAUGACAAAAACGCGAUUGAUAACGGAAGAUGAUUUCAUUAAAUAGCUGACACGUACCACUCAUUGUUAGUGCUUCUGCAUGUAAUUGAUGAAAGAAGCAGGUAACCGCAUAAAAAGAAGCCUACGCAAUGAAACUUCUCAGAAAGACCUAUCUGCUCACAGCUUGAACACAGCCAAGGGGCAAAGGAUCCCGUGAUAGGGUUGGUUCAGUAGAAAAGUCUAUUCAUAAAAGUUGUUGUCAUUUGCAUAAUUAAGGUAUUAUAUGCAUGUUCCGAUUUCAUCCAGGCUCUUCCGUAGCAACCAUCAUGAAGGGCAUGCGAGCGUGGGAAAACAUUUCGUGCGUCGCUUUCGUUGAUCGGGAGCCCCACCAUCAUACUUACCUUAUCUUUACAAUCCUGGCAUGUGGGUGAGUGCCUUCUACUUCUUCGUGUCUCAUCUUUAUUUGUCAUGCAUUUUCUGUUUACUUUUUCACUGCCAGCGACGACAUCGCCACUUAGUAUUUUGAUCUUUUUUUAAAAAUAUUACGUGCGGCAGCAAGAAAUGUUAUUUCAAACAAAAAGCGAAACUGCCAUUCCAGACACCAUCAUUGCCCUAUACCCCUGACCAACCAUAUAAAGGCGCUUUUGUGCACUUUUUUUUUACUCACUCGCCUGUCCGCGCAUUUUGACAUAACAUCUUCGGUGCCAUUAGUAGCGACUACGAAAGUCGCAGGUUGGAACCUGUUGUAUUUGUUAUGGUUUUUCGCGCUUAGGAGAGAAUUUUUGAAAUCAGACAAAACGAAUAGUAAUUCUGUGGACGCUCGCGGGAGCUUGAAGCAUCAAAUGAUUGGCCGACUCAAGUAUUGGUCUCGUUCCUGGGAGAGGUGGAGAAAAUGGCGUCUACACUGCGGUACCCACUUCCACGGCGCCUCAGAGCGUUGCCUGCUAUAAAAUGCUUGAAGUACAUUUUAAAUGUCAAGAUGAGUUAAUACUACAUGUCUUGAAAGGCUGUCAAUGUAGAAAGAAGUAGUAGAAUGUCUGAGAGUUUUUGAUGCUUUAUUGCGAUCCAUUGGUGAGGUGCUUUAGUUGCCUGUGUAACCAUUUAGUGAGGUUGUAGGUUGGCGAUCCAAUAAGCGGAACGAUGAUACUCAACGGCGCGCCUUCUUUGUGCACCUUUUGGCGGCCAUAUGCAUGGGAUAUUCGGAGGUCCUUGAGAGUCAUACAUCUGGAGAUAUCGGGGGUUAUGAGUUUCAGUCGAGUGAGCUCAUUUACCUUCUUCUUUACAUCUGCGGCUUGUUUUUUAUUCGUUUCCUCCGCGAGUGGUGCAUAGGCUUCCCCGUCGUUAAAGACUUGGUUCGCCUUGUUGACGUAAUCACUCUUUACCAUGACAACGGUCGCGCCACCUUUGUCAGCAGACACAAUCACAAUACUGUCGUCUGUCUUAAGAGACCGUAACCCCUUUUCUUCAUCGAUGGGCAAGACUUGGUGUUGUUUCUUUUGUAGAAGGAGACCAGUGGCAUAGCAGCGUAUGUCUGCGCGCAUUUCUUCAGCCACAGCAGAGGUCAGUAAAAUAGAUUUAAUGCUCGCUAAGAAGUUUGUGGGCGCAGCGUCAUUGUGGCUGAAUUUUGUUACUGUAGAUAGCAGACUAAGUUCCGCGGAUGUUAGAAUCCUUUUAGAGAGGUUAACAGCUCUUGUCGAUCUGCUGGUUUCGUUGACGGGGUGAAGAAGAGAUUUCAGUUUCACUUGAAGAUUGGCUGGCUUAUUCAUUCUGGCGUCUAAAGCGGCGGCAUUUAUUCAGUGUAGCCCGUCUGCAAAUAUAUUCUCAGGCAAUGUUGAGAGACACUGGCUUCGAUGGUCGGAUAUUGUUGCAUCGAAUUGCAAAUAAGACGGUAGACGUCUGAUAUGAUGGCACAGAAAACGCGAAAUCCGUAUUUGCGUGCAAGUAGCCUCCCAGUCUCAUCGCUAGAGUGGGCUUGAAACGAAGAGACCUCGGUAGGCUGCCAUGAUCGCGACAUUGAUGAAGAAACGUCAGCUGCUCGUAAGUUGUAGCCUGCCUUUGAGCAAAUUUCUCACAACAUCUGGUAAGAAUAAGCGUUUAACGCCCAAAAAUAUGUUGAAUAGCCGAUGUAGUGAGCAUUCUGAGAUAACAUGAUGAAGAUAGAAGGCUCGUAUGUAUGCAUAUGAAUCGGGUAAAGGAACAUCCUAAGAAAUGUAAUUAGGACAAUAAAAUAAUUGAUAAACUAUACAUGAAUUGUGUAAACUUUCGAGACUGUUCUACCUGCCUGUCUUCAGACUAUGAGUGCACAAAAGAAAUUAUCGUCCUAACUAAGUUUGUGAUUCUUUGAUUGGUCUACGUCUGUACCACUGACUUUUAAUUGCACUUUGUCAUCAUUAAACAAUUAAAAUACACAACCAUAUAUCCCAGAUGGCCAUGGGCAAACUGGACACUGGGCAUAAAUGGGCGUGUGUAAGUACUCGCUUUGUUUGCGCCUGUACAAUAGGGAAAGUUCGCGAACUCCUAAAAUCAAUGCACUCAGACAAGGCAUGCAUCAGUCGGCGUAUCAGCCUGGGUGCCUCAUAUAAAAUAUUUAUGGACAAAUUCAAACUGGAGCAAGCAGUUCCAAAGAGGUGACGAAACGCCAUUAACACGUAGUAUCAGGGAGUUUGACAGAUCGUAGAAUCCAUUGAUAGACUCGGUUAGGAAGUUAGUCGUAUUGGCACUACCGCAGUCGGAAGACGAGCUGGUGAAUCAGCAUCUACAAUUUAAACAACUAAUUUUAUGGUUCGGCAAUGAAUUGUUUCUUCCUUUUAACAUCCCUUGGGGUGCGCCUUUAUUCACUUUAUACAUAAAUGUAAUGGUAUAUAUGUACCGGAAGAUGGACAUCCCAGGAAACAUAAUACGAAGAAUAAUGCGUCCUGUGGAAAAUUAAACAAAUUUAAUUUCGUAAAUGUUAAAUGCUGGUUCAGUUUAGUUCAGUUUAUUAGAAAGAAAUGUAGGUGUUGAACUUUAAAACUCCCUAUUUGUUGCAAGGAAGCGAACUAUAUAAAAAAUCUGAAAAUGGAAACAUUAAACUGCUACAGAUUUUCUUCAGAUUGGCAAAGUUUCGUAAGCCAGGCAGAUAAACGAAUCUUUCAAAGAGUUAAAAACAUUAACGUUACUAAAUGUGCUGUACAAUAGUCUGUCUAUGAAUAGUUGGUGCUAUCUCAGGUUCUGAGCGAUACGAAUUAAAUGCCGACACACAGUCAACAGACAAGGGACAAUUAUAAAGAAACAAACGCUACUGAAAUGCAGGCAGUAAUGUAACAACAUUAAUAAACUGAUCGACCUAAGUGCUAGACUAUUGGUCAGGUGGCAUCAUGACGGUUGGUGGUACAACUUGCGCUUUAAAGCUUCGAAUGAGGUGGACAUGACGACAUCUGUAGGCAGAGCAUUCCGGGCCUCGAUCACUCUGUUUGAAAAGAAGAACUUCCGAAUUUCCAGCUUGGCGCCAGUUACGCGUAGUUUAAGUGGAUGACCUCGGAGGUUCGUUGUGGUCGCUAACUCGAAGAAAUCAGCAGGUACGAGACAGCAGUCCUGGCCGCGCAGUUUACGGAAUGUUUGUAUAAGGUGGCCUAUAAGAUGUCUGUAACUCAGUGAAAAAAGUCCGAGAAUAGACAAUCGUGUUUCAUAGGCUAGUGAACCCUGUACACUUACGAAUUUGGUUGUCCGCCUUUGAGCUUUCUCAAGGAUGCUGAGAUCUUUAGAGGUCCAGGGUUUCCACGCCUGAAUAGCAAACUCUAGCUGUGGCCGUACCAAUGUCCGAAAGACUUUAACGAAGCAGUCCUCAUCGAAAGUAGAGAAAGCUCUCUUGACAAGAUAAAGGACUGACAUCGCAGACUUACCUACCUUGGAGCAGUGGAGCGACGGUUUUAGAGAAGCCGUUACUUACACACCCAAGUCUUUCUGGGCGUCUUCCUCCUGCAAUGGAACACCAUUUAGGUAGUACACCCUCUGGCUCAGAGAUCGGGUCCUGCCUACUAGCAAGUCACUCUGAACGGCAAAAACCAGUCCUGUGACCAUUUCUCGAGUCGGGUCUGGUCUGCCUGCAAGCGCUCUCUGUCAAAUUCAGUUUGGAAUGCGCUCCAAAGUUUGACAUCAUUAGCGAACAUGGCGACAUCCCAAUUCAGUUUACUGACGCUGUCGUUGACGCAUAUAAUGAAUAGGGUAGGGCCAAGAACGGAGCCUUGCGGAACACCGCUUUCAACCGCUACCUCCGCCGACUGCCUGUCAUCGACGAGGACGAUUUGAGAGCGACCGAUCAAGAAGCUUUGGAUCCACCUCAGGAGAUUACCCCUAAUGCCCGUUCGACUUAAUUUGUACAAGAACCGCUGAUGUGGUACACUAUCGAAUGCUUUCUUAAGGUCGACGUAGACUGCGUGCACUGCGUUGCCGCCAUCGACUGCCCGGGUCCAGCGAUCUGAACAACAAAGUAGAUUUGUCACGCAUUAUUUGCCUCUACGAAAGCCGUGAUGGUCAUAGCAUAGCAGAUUAUGCUCUUCUAGGAAGUGCAUUAUUUCUCGCUUAAUGAUUUUCUCCAUAAUUUUGCAGCAAUUUGAUGUAAGGCUGAUUGGACUGUAGUUGUUCGGUAAGGCUAUGCUGCCGCCGAAUUUCCAAUCGGCGGGCAAAUAGCCUGCUUCGAACGAAGUUUGGAAGAGCAUGGACUGCGGUUUAGAUAGUUCUCCAGCAAGUUCCUUCAACAAUUUGGGCGGUAUGUCAUCCGGCCCAGGUGAUUUAGACUCAUUCAACUUCAACAGUACUUUGCGAACAAUAUCUUCGGCGAAAGAGACGUGCACAAUCGUUGGCCCGUCCACUAUGUCGCAGUCAGGAGGGAGAAAUGCGCUUUCCUUCGUAAAGGUGGACUUAAAGAACUGUGAAAGCUGCUCUGCCUUUUCUUUGUCUUCACUGAGUUCUAGGUCGUCACUAGUUUUCAAUAACGGGAUUGGGUCUCUGUUUCGCGUGCUUCUUUUUAUGUAACCAUAGAACAACUUCGGAUUUUCUGAAACUAGAUUCAGUAGGUCUUCCUCGAAAGUACGCCGCGUCCCGAGGAUUAACCUCCUAAUUAGGUUUCUCUGUGCUUUGUAUGCAUUUAUCGACACAUAGCUCCUAUCCGAUAAGAAUUUUCUCCAUAAGCUCCGCUUUUUAUUCACUUCUUUUUUAGAGCUUGUGUUUGCCACGUCGGUCUGCUGUUCAGUUUCUUCCGUGAAAUAGGACAGUGGUCUCUAAAAAGAAUGUUCACUAACUCACUAAACCAGUUCUAAUCCUUGAUUAUAUCACCGUAAAUAGCUGAUUCCCACUGUAUGGUGUUUAGUUCAGCUUUCAUUUAGGCAAAGCCACCGCGCCAAAUGUUCCUUCUAACCCUGCUGCCCUAUUCGGGCAGAGAAAAAAUGGAGUACUCCCACAACAAUACGACGUGGUCGCUUCGACCUAGUGGGGGGAGGGGGUAGACAUUGCACCGCAUCAAUGCUGUCCAGUGGCUUCGUAAGGAGAAGAUCCAGACAGUUUGACUGUUGUCCUUCGCGCACCCUCGUCGGAAAAGAGACGUGUUGAGUGAAAAAUAAGUUAAAGGUCAUGUCCAGCAAACGUCGGUCGAAAGCAUGGUCUGGACCAGAUGCAUAAGCUGAACUCCAGUCAAUAAGAGGUGCGUUGAAUUUCCCCAUGAUUAAGACGUCGGACCGGAUAGGAAAUCUCUCCAGGUCCUCAAUCAGACGGGCGUCCGCCGUGGGAUCAUUUCUCGGCGGUCAGUAGACCAUCAGAACGUCAAGGCUUGGUGAACCCAGUGCUUUUAUAGUUAGCUAAAUUGCCUCAGAAGUACACGUAAGUUUAUCUGUUUUGUCUGAGACUAUAAGCCCGUGUUUUACAUACGUGAGUACGCCUCCGCCCUGACAUCCUGACCUGUCUCUUCUAAACAGCUAGUAUCCUGGUAUAGUUAACUCUCCGUUGUCUACGUGUUGGUGCAACCAAGUUUCUGUAUGUGAGAUUAUAUCCGGCGAUAGAUCAGAUAGAUGGAUCUUUAGCUCGUCGACUUUCGAUAACAUGCUCUGCACAUUUGUAUUUAAAAAUUUCAGUUUUCGAUUUAUGGUUGGCAGAGAAGUAAUUUUGAUGCGUCUAGGAAGUUCGCCUACUAUUCCAGUUGCACGGUCAUCCGGAUUGGGCCCCUCCAAAGAAAGGAUGAUGGGCGCUCUCUCAUUUGGUUGUUGUAGAUAAACAAAUUCCGUUCUCCUUCGCUUGAGUCUCUUCCUCAGCUCCAGAACUAGAAGACGGCGCUUCAACCUCUCUGCUGGCGAGUGAUCCGGUUGAAAAAAAAACGCCGAGAGUGGUGCCUUUUAUUCUAAAGCGCCGAGAUAGAAUCAACACAGCUUGCUCCUUACAAACCAGCACAACUUUGAGUGGUCGUGGACGUGUUGGUGUCAGCAAAAUGUUUGUCCGUUUUCCGAGACGGAAGGCUUUGAGUACUUCAAUUGCCUCAGUGGGUCCCAGGAUAUUGUUGAGCAAGCCUUGGAAAAGCCUCAGAUCUUCCAAAACCCGCUCUCGAAUAGUGUUGGCAUCAGAUUCAGGGAGUACCUGAAUAACGAGACAUUGGCCUCUCGUGAUAUUGUUCGUAUAUUUUGUUGCGGUAGUUCUCUCUGUUGGAUGUGGUACUUUAAGGAUAUUAGAUGGCGGUGAUGGAACACAUUCUAUAUCGCGGUUUCGAUGAUCGACACCAGUUUUAACUGAAUUGAAGGAGGUCGUUGAUAUGAACGGUAGCGAAUGAUGGUCUGUAUAUUCAGUAAUUGCCUCAAUACCACUAUUUGUGCUGGGCCCAUCUGAUCCAAGAGUUUUCUGUUCAUUACGAACUGUUUUUUGGACUUUCGACAUUAACCGUUAUGGACGAAUCUGUUGUCGUGAUUUCUGGCUCGGGUGCUGUGAGAGUAACACUUAGAAUCGGCCGUUCAUUUUCGUUGGCUUUUUUACAGCCGGAUUUUUUUUUGUUUUUCUUAUUUUUUCGUUGACUGCUGUCAAUUUCAUUUUUUUCCAUUCGAUCCUGUGCAGCCGUAUCUGUUACAGGAGGCAUUUCUGAAGAGCCUUUCCAGGGUGGUAAUUUUGCUUUACCUUUUGUUAUUCUUCCAGUGGGGGCACUCGUAUCGUCAGUGCGUAUAAGUCAUAUUGUAGAAGAGCCUUUAUCUUCUCAAUCUCUUUCUGAAGAUGGUCGACCUUGGAGGCUAACAGCUGGUUCCCUAGGUCAUCUUCAAACUUGUAGAAAGUUCGAAAAACAGUUUAAAUUUAAACGUCUCCGAAAAAAGAAUAUUGCUUUGUCCGUGGUUAGGGUGAUUCGAUGCUGUGGGCUGACGUCACGUUAUGAUUGGCUAUUACCUUAUCCAUUUUUCUAUGAGAUUUGUGUACAUGGCGUCCUGAUCGAUACGCUGAUUGAUGCAAGAAUCAUCAGAUAUCAUCAUAUCCAUUUUUUGGCACGUUUAAAUUUUAACUGUUUUUAACACUUUCUAGACGUUUGACGAUGACACCAGGAUUAAAAAUGUACGAAAGAAAGUUUGUUUAGUUUCCCAAAGAAUUCAUAGUUCUUCGAAAUGUAUAUAGAUGAGGCAUUCGCGUCACAUAAUUCUCAAGAGUGACGGACUAUGGCGCUGCAAAACUUAGACGAUCCGGGCCCGUUAAGAUAUCCUACUGCCUGCCAUAUGUCAUGUUUUCUUAACACAAAUUUCCAAAUGACUUUAUUUGCUCGUUGAUUACGUAUAAUGUUACCUCGCAUUAUGUUGUUAAAACGGAACUAACCAUGCUUGGUUUAGCCUUUCGUUAGGAAAUUUAUUCAAGAAACCUCACUGUCUUACAUCCUGUCAGAAAACAAUCUUGUGCACAAUGUACACGACCACGGUCUCUCUUUAUCCCCUGCUAAAUAAUAUCCUCUGGACUACCGCAACCGUAAGAGAGGUCCCAAAGUGCGAUGAAAUUGAGUAGUUGCUAAUAAAGCGCGCCGUUGAAUUCUCUCCAUUAUUGCAUCUUCAUUGGAAGUUAUACUCAUUUUGGCGGUCCAGAAUACUCCCUCAUCUCGGAUAAUAUUAUACACCCGACGUAGGAAGAAAAUAUCCCAAGAAAUAUUCUCGCGGGACACAUUUAAUAUGCUCAUAAAAUCAGUGGGGCCUAUCGGACUCCAUAACUGCGAAUUAAACUAUAAAAUACGUCGUUAUAUUAGACAUAGUUUUCCACAAGCGGUUUCGUGGUAUUUGUCAUAGAAAAUCGCUGACCUAGUGUAUAGUAGUCAUCUGUCAAAUUUCACCGAAAUUAAACACCCCUACUUUUGCAGUAUCGAUAGUUAGUAAUAAGUAUUAUUCUGAAUUGGGUCGAACACUGCGCCCUUGCCGGGAAAACAGUACAAAUCCAGGUGAGGUGCGGAAAAUUAUGAGACGAUAGCCAAUUGCAUAUUACAAUGGAAAUACAGUUUUUAACCUAACUCAUGAAAUAUGUCGAAAUAAAUGACUGAUUUCCAAUCACUCGCAAAUGGACACCAUUUUAUGAGUCCAAUGUCUAUGCUAAUUAAGGACAAGUUCAAAAAAUUAAAAAAUAUAAACGAACUAUUGGAGGCAAUGUUUCUUUGUUCAGAAAUGCCGAUUUAUUUUGAAAACGUCAAAAAGGUCUCUAAUUAAGUACAGUUCAUUUUUAAAUGCAUAAAAUGUAUUCUCAUACAGUAAACAUAGAAAAUAGAAAAGUAGAAAAACAUAACGCCUCAAAUUUAUGCUUCGGUGUAGUUUACAUCUAAAUAUCUUUUAAUAAUUAAUGUGAUUUAAUAUAUGACGGUUUGUCAAAUGCCUAACUUCUGAGUAUAGAUUCCAAAACAGUUUUCCAGGAAUUCGUGUUUUCCUCAAUUUUUUGAGUUAAAUAAGAUUAAGUUCAACAAAAGGAACGGGAUUUUGUUUGCUUUCCUUGUUGGGGACGUCGUUGAAACAAAAUGAUUUAGAUGGUUGUAUGCUGUGUGGCUGGUUGGUGCAAAAUAAAUUAAAAUAGAAAUGACAUGCGUGUUCGUAAACAUACCAUUUUAUGACAUUGAAAGGGGAAUGUUAUUCGGUUAACUUAAUUUAUACUUUUCGUUCGUUGUAGAUUAUGUUGUUUUUCAGAUCGGCAUCAAAUGCUGCGGAAUACUUCAUGAUUUUCAGUUUUCUCACCCUAUCGUCCAUCAAGACAGAUACUGAAUUUUCUGUCGGUUAAAAACUUUAUAAUAAGAUUAUUUUUGAGAGCAUUUACUGAACUAGUGAGUUUUUGGAUGCUAUUUUUCACGAUAAUGGUCGUUUGGGUCAAAUGUGGGACUUAUUCAAACAUCAAACUUCACUUUCAAAAAACACUGGCCGUCCACAACGAAAGUCAACGACGAAUAUGCCAUUGUUCAUUAAUAACACUUUCCUUAAUAAGUUAUCUCUUUAAGAAGAGCUUUAUUACUGCAUUCCGUUGACACAUAUCUGUGUUCUUCGCAUUUUCGCACGGUGAGGCUGAAUAAAAAUUUGAUACUUUUGGCCCUUUCUGUCAAGUUUCUAAAAACUAGCGAUAUUUAUCAACCGUGAAGCUGGGAACAUGCCUUCCACUAUACACUGAAGCGAUUUUCAUCGUUUUUACUGGGUUUAAGACCACGUUCUUUGAUAAUGACUGCACGACAGAGCGCCCAUAUCUAUACUGAUAUUUUGCUGAAUCUAUGAGUGUUUUACCUGUUCUAUUUCUAAAUAAGGCAUGCACAGAAACUAAACUUCACGACACCUAAAGUUUCAUAUGAUCAAAACUGGAAAAAGCAAUUCAGUGGUGGUCAUUUAUUUCACAUCAAGAAAAUUUUUCCGAACGGAAAAACGGUUUCAGCCUAUUUGAACGAAAGAAUCCCAAUAUGCGUUACUGCUGCACUUUAGGUCCCCAAAUCUCGCAGGUCUGCUAAUCUGACAUUUAGGAAUUGAAAACACCCCUUGUUUUUUUGAAAUAACCUUUGUGUUGGCAGGUUUAUUACUACGGUUAACAUCGGACAUUAAUAAUUUUUCAAAUUCGGCUUAAUCUGUUGACUAAAACUGUCGCUGGUAAACUACUAUCCGUUUAAUGAAAUAAGUCGAUCAGUUGCGUAACCGGAGUCUAGGAAAUUGCACAAAUACAUUGCAAAGCCUAUUUUCGCUAAACUUUACUGAUAUUUUCCUUGAUACAAUUAUGUACACACAAUUUCUGCACAAGAAAAUACAUUUAAUUGAAGGAUGUGGAUGAGCGAACAAAGUGCGCAAUGUUAAAGACGUCCAGAAAUUCUCGAAUCAGUCUCCGUUAUCAGAUUUUAUGAGAUAACUCAUGAACUGCAUUUGGUAGAAGACGUAAUACAUAAAUCUCAUCUACUUGAACUAAUUGCAGGUGCUGCUCACACAUCGGUGUUAAAUGUACGGGUUCGCCGCAGGCGAUUUCCAUUGCGCCAUCCUGCGAGAGUGUAGGAGAAGUUAUGCACCAAUUGGGUCAUGUUUUGGGUUUCUACCACGAGCACAGUCGACCCGAUCGCGACGGUGAGUACAUGCGUUUCCUGUGCAUAUUGCUUGCCAUUUGACAUAAUUGCCUAGCAAACCAAUAAAUAUUAUGCACAUGUCUCGAUCUUAUGUUUUCAAACAUUCUGUCAAAAUUGUCUGUCUCAAUUGUUCUCCGUGAUAUUAAAUAUGCCGACAUUGGGGCAUUUAAACAAAAUUUACUAUUUGAAGGAAGCGCCAAGCAGGUAGGGAAUGGUAAGGCCGAUUGGUAUUUCUCUUGGUUAGAUGGUAUGUUAGGCAAUUCACUUUUACAAAAAAUACUAUUUUAAGAGUUAAUUUAUAUCAGAAAUAAUAUUAGUGGGCACAUGAAUACAUUGAUCUAAAUCGAUCGGCGGCCUAACCCAUUUAUUUAAGUCGUUGCCUGUUAAAUUCCCGUAUUCUGAGAACAGUGAUGGUUUCCAAGAUAGGACGUUUUCAUUUAGAACACGACUUUAAAAUUUGGAAGGUAAAAAACUGACUUAGCUCAUCAGCAGGGCCGCCGUCGUUUUCUGUGUGCUUUUUGGGAUUUAUUGCAGUUUUGAAUCUUCCAAUCUGUAGUCUCCCUAGAAAUCGAUGCACUAACGCCAUUUGAAUUUGACUCUCCAUGAUGGACAGAUCGGUCACUCCUGACUUUCAUCUUAUUCCAGACUUUGUGGAGAUCCUUGCAAAUAACAUACUGCCCCAGGCGUGGAGGGAAUUUGCCAAGAGGCCCAGCACCUAUAUAGAUUCCCUCGGAGAGCCCUAUGACUACGAAUCGAUUAUGCACUUGAAGGCUAAUGAAUUUACUAUACCAGGCAAAAAUGAAACUAUAAGGCCUCGUAAGUGCUGUCCACGUCCGCAAAUUGGUCAACGAGAGAAGAUCAGUGAGGGUGAUGCCAGACAGGUGAACAAGCUAUACAAAUGCCCUUGUAAGUUGCAUUAUGCUUGUCGCGAUUGCCGUGAUCUCUGCGAGAAACCCACUGUCUAUUCACGUUCAUGUCAGCAAGGACAUAGACUAUUUCGACUAUUACAUUUGCGAGUUGCUUAGUCAGAGGCCAUUAGUCAUUGUUUUUUAAUGUUUUGAGCCAGGAAUCCCAAGAAGGUGCGACUAGUACAACAUGUUUAGCACAUGUGCAUUGCAUUUGUACUGAGGGUAUCUAGGUACAGGAGUGGAUCUUGAGACCUUCAACACACUGAAUUCGUGCUUUCUCUACGGUUUCCUUUCUAUAUCUGGUUACCGGGUCUAUGAUUUUCGCAUCUUUCAUGGUCGACUCAUUAGCAGGAUGUGUUCUGCGUUAGGCAAGAACAAGCUGACUACCCAGGUUUUGAGGUAGUUCACGCAACAUGAACGAAAGUUUUAACAAGAAUGUAGAGCUGGGAUAUAAGGCUGCAGAAUGAAUGGCUUGAAGAGGCAUCAUCCACAUUCGUCGGCAUCUUGUGCAGACUGAGGCAGGCGGCACAGUUUAAACUGGACUACUGAAAGCUAGUCACAUUUAAAGAUUUCGGUCUGCAUUUGGCAGCACCAGGAAGACGUGACUUGCUUUCCGCCACGUCUUACUCUUGUUCAUCAGUCCCCACUGAUUAUCGUGCUACUUGAAAGGCGUCAAAGAAUUGUCCAAUACGAUCUUCACUGACGUUCCUUGUCAUGAUAUUGCACUUUAUAAAGGGAAAUCUUUCGCCUUAAUGCAUGCUCUUUGCUGCUAACGCGUUUAAGCACUGUGUAUCACCAUUAGGGCGACAUUUGUGGCUAGGCCGUCUAAUUACUGAGUCAGUUUUAAACAGUGCUAUAUUUUUACUUGUAGCUUGUCACUUGGCAUUAUAUGUUGAUUUCCAUGCUAAUAAGCCAGUGUUUCCAAACGCCUUGACAAACAACAGUCGCACAGGACGGGUGGGUUUCAGGUGAGCUGAGGAGUUUUGAAUGCAAUUGCUGCAAGUAGAUGGAAAGGAAGUUAAAACAACCAAUUACAUCGCUCGAUACGUUCCGCUGUAAAAUCAGCAGAUAGUCAUUCGCCAAUGGAAUUUUUUGCGUAAGCAUGUUGAAAAUUCUCGUAACAUGACAGCGUUCAAGAGACAACUGGAUAAUCACCUGUUACAAGGCGACACGUAUUAUCCAAUCUCGAGUCAGUGGAUUACUGUAAUCACGUUGAGCACACUGCUAGCAUGGCUUCAACAGAUCCUUUUGUAUUUUAUUGACAUUCUAGCAAACAUUUAAGGCUCCAGCUUGGGAAGUCACGCACAUAGGGCAUUUGCCAUUGCAUAUUUUUCAGUUCCAAUAUGUUUCUCACAAUAGAUGUUUCCACACAGGAAUAUUUAUUUUAAAGUUGAUAAAUCACUGCUUCAUGCAAGACUGUUCCAACUACUUUCACAGCCUGCGGGAGGACUCUGAUGGAGAAGUCAGGCACCUUCGCGUCUCCACAAGCGGAGCCUCUCCGUCCAUCCACAGAGGCCAGCGACUGGCCACACACACUUUCCACCCAGAGUCAGGCGCAGAACUCCACUUCGGGUGCGCUUUUCUGCCAGUGGAGAAUUGUAGCGACUAGGGGGGAACACAUCAAUCUCACUUUCACGCGCAUGAACAUGCUUCCGCCGACAGAUCAAUCGCAAAUUGACACACACAACUCUACUGGCUCUUUAGCUGACCAUCGCCAGCACUGCCAAGGGGAGUUCGUUGAAGUCAAGGACGGGUAUUCUACCGAGUCACCGGUGAUGGGUGCGUUAGAGUGGUUAAUAAUAUCUACUGGCCACAAUUUCCUUGGUUCCUAAGUCGUUCGUCCGUUCGUUCAAGAUUGUAUGAUAUCAGCUAUUUUGACAUGUUAGGCCUCUAUAAAUGGUAUUUUUAAUUGGCGAAUGUCCAGCUACCGUUCCCUCUAGAAAUACAUGCAUUUCGGAUCAGCCUUUGCAUUAGCGUUUAGCGAUUCCAGUCUAAAAGGUGCAUACUUUCCGCGUAUGAAAAAUCUUAUAUUCCUAUAUGCUCUAGAUAAGAAUUUAUACAGUUUUGCGAUAGAUGCAGGUUACGUUGCCUAUUUCAUAAGGUGCAAUAACUAAUGGACUACCACCGUGAUGUAUGUAUUGACAUUGGUGGGUUUAACGGAAUCCCAUAGUUCAAAAUUUAGAUUUCGGAAGACAGUUAAUUAAAGAGAAUAAAUGCAAAGACGCCGUAAUGUUCCAUCAAGUAAGUUAAAGAAAGCACAUUUUGUUCCUUUUUUUCAAAAAAAUGCUGGCAUUUAAAAGGCUUUGAAAAUCACUGUGAAAAAUGCCUACCUUUUAAUCAAUCCUUUCUUUAACGGGCACGAGUAUUGAUAGAGGUAGAACUGAAGUGUAUUCAAAUGCGAACAUCAGGGCCAUUCUGCAGCAUUCUAAAAUUAUGCCGUAUGAUAAUCAAUGUCAAAAUCCCACUUGCACAACACUUUCUAAUGGAAAACGCAUUUCAGAAUCUCAGCUAACAUCUCAUGAGAUUGGCACUGACUGUAAUAGAACGCCUUGUCCUGUUAUAUUUUGUCAAGAAGUGUGUGGCGAUAGAAUCAUACUCUGGGCUGCCUAUAUUCUGACGCAGAUUUUUGCUAUUCCAUUACUUGCUGACAAACAUCUACCUCGGUCUCUUACCCUGUAUGAAUUGGCAAUGCUUUUCACCAUUUUUCCGCUGCAAACAAUAAAACGCAGAAACCCAUGUAUCGACUUAAUAUAAAAGCACACUCUCAGCGAAAAUACUGUUUUCUCUAAAACCAUUUUGGCAGAAUAUGACAGCGAAAUCUGCCUCGUAAUACAGGUGGACUUACGAUAAGUUCUAAAGAUUAGGUCAAUGAUUACUAUUAGGCUUAGAUUUAGGAUCUAGGCUUCGGCUAGGGUUCGAAAGGGGAACAAGAGCUCGUCCUCAAAAUUAAGGUUGAGGACGCGUGUAUUUCGAUCGAGGUGUCGUUUUUGCCCUGCUUGCCCAAAUUUUGAAUCAUAUGGCAAAGUUGGAAAUUUAACUGCUGCUAAUUUAUGCAUUUUUGCCGCCACGUCGACCGAUUGAUUAUUAUACCGUCAGUGAUAGAUCUCACGAAAUAUUCGUCAAAAUUCUGAAAUGCAUUCAUCAUUGGGAAGGAUUACUAAGGUGGGUGGUGUGGCCUAAUCCCAUUUUAUUUGGGACUCGCUAGGAUGGUUACUAUAUAAUUCACUCAAUAAUAAAUGACUACUUAGGAAGCAUGCAUGUUUCAUAUUGACUUUAGAUGGCCUUAUCAAUUUAAAUAUGAGUUUUGGAAAACAUGCGCAAAAAUAUGCUUACUUGCAUUCCUUUGGUAGCAACUCACGCCACCCUUACACUCCAUACCGAAAAAAGAGUACUUUAGUUUUUGAAGACGUUUUCUAACUUACGAGUAGCUUUGAGUUAGAUCGGCCGUUGCGUCAGCGUUUAAAAAUUUCAAUCUACAAGAUGUAGCUUUUGUCGUUAACAAAAUCACAUAUUCUUCUAUGCCUUCAAGAAAAUAAAGGGUAGUGUUUAGAACUAUUUGCGAUGAAUGAGGAAAAUGUAUAGUUCAUGGAGUGCAUUAAUUAUCGGAAAGAUACAAUGCUCUGUCAAUGGAAAUUGUUCAUUCUUCAAAAAAUUCCAUAAUUGAAAGCCUUUGGAACUCAAAAUACUGUCCUUCUAGAAUAUGAAUUUUGAACAGAAAGUGAUUUGCUACCAUGUGGGUAGACAAAAAUACACUUCCGUGCAUUAUUUUGGCAAAAAAAGGUCUAAAUGUAUAAGUAUUUCAAGAAUCAAUGCGAAAAAUUUAAGUAUGACUUUUUGCCGAGUGAGAUGUUUUUGGAGGUCGAAAAUAAGUGCAUUCAAAGUCAACUUUCUGCGCGCCUGGAAUAAUAUAGGAUUUUGCUGCAAAAUACUCAAUGCGGAAACCCCAUCAAAAAGUACUUUCUCAUAAAAAAGGCAGUUCAGAGUUUCGGCCAUCAUUUCAUGAGAUUUCCAUUAAUAUCCCACUCCGGAUUGCCUACAUUUUGGAAUGUGUGUUUCCAAUUUCAGUACUUACCAAUAAACAUCUACCUUGGUAUCUUGCCGUCAGAAAUAUGACUGCUGCUCAUCAUUUUUCCACUGUUAAUAUAAAAAAUUAGAUAAAAAUUUAUUAGCCGAAGAUGGAAGUAAACUCACAACGAAAAUAUUGUUCCCUCUAAAAACGUUUUUUAGGGUUGGGUAAUUGCAACAUUUACUCAUUCAGGAAUUCAGCCCAAGUUCACCUGAAACAUGUUAAAUUCUGUUAAUCCUCUCAGGCCUCAUAAAAAUGUACAAUGAUUUUAAAAUAUUCACUUGCGUGAACUUCGGCCUAAAACUGGUGAGUGGAGUAUGCUACAAGUUGGCUUCCUGAAUAGCCAAAUAGUUAUCUACUUUAAAGUGACCUGAUUCUGUAGUGUCGGCCAACAGAUAGAAAUCAUCGACAACAUUGGAAAUUGUAGUACGAUAAAAUUUACGUCAAACUCUGACAUGGAGACAGAUUUCAUGAACACACUUUUUGCCUGAUCUUAAUUUAUCCAGGUCGGUACUGCGGUACAAACCUCCCACCAUUGUUGCUCUCGUCAAACAUGAGGAUGGUGAUUGAGUACACGCGACCCGCAGGUCAAUCCGGUACUGGAUUUGUUGCCAAUUACCAAGGUUAGCACACAUUAAAGUGACAUAUUUUGGCACAUAGGACAGUGCGACAUAUCGACCGUUGUAAGCACCGAUGACUACCGUGUGCUCCGCAGCAGGAUGUAAGCGGCGAUGUUGACUUGUGUUUAUUGUGAUAGUAGGCUUGCGCAGCAACUACUGCUAUCUCUCUUCCGCCACCGGUCACCGAUGACAAGACAGAGUCAAAUAGAGUGGGGCUGUGAGAGGGCGUUUGUGGUUAAGACGGUAAAAAUACGCACCUGGCUGUACUACCAUAGCCGAGUUGGGAUAUAGCGCACGAGUCAAUCAUAUCCUGCUUUGGUGAGAAAAAUGACAAGACGUGAACAAACCGUUCCUUUAUAGCACUCACUUUGUAAAAGAAGGUAGCAAAUAAGAACCUUGAGUGACUUUGGAAGAGAAUAGAUUUAGUCACGUUUCCAAAUAAAUUAAUUAACUAGCAAGUUCAUGUUUAUGAACAGGUCGUCUGUUUUGGAUCUGGUCGUUUAACGACACAUGCCGCAUUAUGAGAUUAGCUUCUGAUUUUAAUCACAUUUGAGGAAGACAGGCGAUUGUACGCAAAAAUCGAGUUAAAUGCAUGAGUGUUCACUGUGACGAAAGCAACUGGUCGUCAGAAAAUAUUAUGCAGCGUCCCAUUCCGGUAAAUGCCUAUGGCUUAAGGAGACAGGGUUGGCGGUAAGCGGUAGGAAAGUGAGUUAACUUAUAUGUAUAAGCGGAGUUAUACGCCUUGUAUUCCUGAAUAUACAGAUCUGCUUAUGGCUCGUCAUUAAUCGUUUCGUUUGCAUGUCGUCACCUCUCUGUUUUCUAUUACGUAGGCAAUCUCAGUGGCAAGAAUUGAAAAUGUAGCUUCAGUGAGAAAAUUGGACACAGGGGCUCUUGUAAUACAGGAAGGAAUUUAAUGGAGGUUUAAUGUGUGGGUCAGUUAACGGAGACUGCGGAUGGCACGUUACUCACUAUGAUAAAUCUAACUCAACUUGAAUCUGUGACGAGGUUCUGAACGUCACGUCCUGGGAAGUUGCUAUCCGACAGGAACAUUCGGUCCCUGUUGUCAGUGAGACGCAUUUAUAUGGGAAAACCGCAUCGAGGACUGACGACCAGACUUAAUGACUCCUUCUGGAUGUCACCUCUAUGACACUCUCAUUUGAGUGGGUCCAACAAUCCACGUUCUGUGAGAACCUGGAAUACGUCGUUGGUAUGCAUGCUAUGUGUGACGCAUAUGGAGGGGCUGUAUAAAUUUGUCAAUCGGUGUGCCUAAAACCGUCUUCGAUCGCCCUAAAUCUGUCUUGCCAUCGGUUCCAGACGUCUGGGAAAGAUGUGAACACACUUAAUGCUACACACGUCUGUUAUUGUCAUAAACUGAUUCGAGCGCAAGACACCAUCUCAAAUCUACCACGCUGUGAAAUUUUUGUCAGACAUCGCCGUACGCGACGAUCGAAGUGCGGUGUCGUCUCGUAUAUUCGUAUCUUGUUUAUAUGCUAAUUCAUUCGAAAAUAAGUUCAAAAUUAUAAAAUUUUAAUUAUAUUUUCAAAGCUUAGUUUUAGAAAAGCGCUUUUAAAGGGCAAAAGUAAAGGGAUGAAUAGACUGAUUUUGGCCACAACUACAUGCAAGUUGAGAUUUAAAAAUGUCAUCCAAAUGAAUGGUUUAGAACCUGGUAAUGAGUUUUAAACACAUAUGACUGAUGAUAUUAAGAGGACUUGGGGAAACCUAACGAAACAGUCGUUCUGGUACAUUUAUUAGUGAUUUCAAAUGGCAAUUGAUUUUAUUAUGACCAGCGAACAAAAACUUUAUCGCAUGAGCUUGUAUCUACCGGAUAUAGUCGUCUGACAGACCGUCACCGACAUUCCUAGUGAAGUGCCUACGACAAGACACUCGUCGCAAUUUUGAAAUCCUUGUGAAACUUCCUACGCUGCAGAUGGUUGAUAUUGCAGUAUGCGAGGAUGUAGUGGCCAAUUCAAUUGGAUGCCUUAUUCUAGUGGACAUGCAAGUAAACGUCAACGUUGCGAUUAAUAUAAGUCACGAAAGGACACUGCACAUUUCUAUGAAUCAACUUACCCUUCAGACAGCAGUCAAUCACUAUCCCCCGUGUGCCAUGAUCUAGAAAGUAACAGCAGGAUAUAGUUUUGUCGUUUACAACUGCUGCUUAUAUUGCACCAUGUAACGGUUCGCACCGCAGCUGCAAACGACUCGCCACAAGAUUCUCCGAGCAUCAGUUUUCAGUCGAAAACAACAAUAAUAUAUAUGUGGUCUUUGGGUUCCCUGUGAAAGAAAAACACACCUUCUACCUUGCAAAUUACAAGACUUAGGUCAAGCUACCAAGGCGAUGGCCAUUCUCAAUGGAAGUGUGACCUACAAUGCAUAAUAGAGUGCGGAUUUGUUAACAAACAAAAGCAUUUCAGAAAUUGUCAUAGUGACGGAAAUACAGUAGUCUGUGGCACUUGAAGGCCUGGGCAUUUCUGAGGAUAUUGACCGCCAUCAACGCGUAGUGCGUAGAUGACAUGCUAACUGCCACAGUACUGUCUUGAGAAUCAAAGAUUUAUGUGGUUAUUUUUAUAAAAAUCGACUUCAAUUUCGACUGAGGUCAUUUAGUAUGUUUCUGUACGAGACUAGUCAAGGUCGCCUGCCUUAUUUUAGGCCAUACUAAGCUACAGGCACUUUAAUUCUCGUCUUUGUUAAGCACUUGCUUGGGGCUCGCAAACGCAUAACUUAAUUAAUUAUUGUAUGUAUUAUAUUAAACUAGUUGAGUGCGGUUACACACUGACUGGCGACAAUGGUUACUUUUCUCCCCCCGAGUACGAGAGCGACCGCCUGCCAAACGACAAGUGCAUCUGGCGGAUUCGGCUUCCUGUUGGAUUCUACGCUCUUCUCAAAUUCCACAGCCUUCAAGUAGGCACCACUAAACCCAAUACGGUCACUGACUCUGGUUUUUAUAAAAAUGCUCUCAUUUAAAAAUCCAACAUAUCAGCAACAGCCGGCAAUAAGGCUAAAAGUCGCGUUGCAUGAAUAUCUGUUUAAUGCUGUUACUGUCAAUAGGCCAUCAAGUACGUGACUUAAUCAAUGCAUCCCACACCUCAAACCUGAUUUCUCAAAAUGAACAUCGAUUUUGGCGGUUACUGUGGGGUUUUGUUCUCAGAUUGCCCACGGCAACUUUCAUAAUAUUAGAGCAAAUGAAAACGCAAAACACAAGCACAUAAAUCAUGAAAGCAUUAUACACACUUGGGGAAGUCAAAAUAUGAGUACUCAGCCCAUAUGUUGACUACACUGCUGCAAACAUAGGGGAGUAAUAUAAAUUGUUUUGCCUAAAAGUAAUGUUUGCUCUUUUGCUUAUUGAAGCAUUGCGAGACGCGUUUCCGCACAGAAGCAGUCAGGUUUUCCCAACAAGCAGAUCGAAGGCAUAUAUGGCCUGUGCUGAUACAUGCGAUGUAAAACAAAAAAUUCAACUGUAACCAGGAAGUACUGGGAGGACCAUUAGAACAUCUUGAUUACUUCUAAGUUUGCUCGGUAAAGUAGCAGCUUCCAGACUACCUCUGCCACGCGGAACAAAUACGGGCAAAGAAAUGCGUUGUCGACAACCACAAUGCUGGUUCUUGUGCCUUUGCAGACACACUGUAGUUUCACAGUUGACAUUCACUUGGCGUGUUGGUGGAAAUAUGACUCAGUGAACAGAUAAAUGCGCAAUUUUCUAUAACUUAAUGAAAGUCGAUAACGCUCAUGUUUACCAGUCCCAAUUUAUAAAUUAAUAAAUCAAUGGGUUGUAUAAGGUAUGCAGACAGUUUCCUCGAUCAUUAAAGACCAAGUUAGGCCUGAAUUCUGGUGUAAAUUAGGCUUCACGAUCUUUCUUUAUAUUUUUUUCGGACACAAGUAACGGACAUUUUUGAGUUUGUAAACGACCUUACCUUAUUUUCCGUGCACUCGGUGAUGCAUUAUCGACCAAAGCUGCAUGACGUUAAACUUGUAGGCGACACAAUGAUGGCGUUUUUCGAGUUUUCCGCACACUUAACGUCCAUCCUCAAGCAUCAACAACAGCAACUGGCGAUCCGGACAGUUAACUUGCAUGAGAUAACGCAAGGAGAAUUCUCUCCUGACCACUGUAAAUUCAAAUUUUUAAUCAAAAGAAGAAGAAGAGGACCAGAAGAAGGAAGAAAUGGAUGAUUAUUCGUCGAUAUUGCCCAGAAUAGGCUGAAAGGAAUGCAGUAAGGAACUAAAAGUUACAGUGUCCAAAAAACAGCGCAUGUCUCUUCCAUGUCAGGUCCACGUGGCAGAAAAUCCCUUUCCCAUAAAAGCAGCACAGAAAGACGAUCGUCCAUCCUGUUGAAGCAAAAAAAGGUGCUUGUCGUCAUAUGCCCCGAGACUUGCGUCAAAGUGUUCGCGUGCUGUGUCCUAUAUGACUGCAGUAUCCAAUGAACGCGUCAAAUUGAUGAACGACUUGACAUUGAGGUAGUCUACAGACCCAAAGUGAUUAUUCGUCAACAGUUAUUUUAUCGUAUUUUUCGCCAUCAAUUGGCGAUACAUGUGCAUAAAGAACAGCCUACGUGAUAACACAACUGCAUCGUUUGGAAAUGAUGUGUGGGAGCUGGACAGGAUGUGAGGCAUGCUUGACGUUAUGGUUUAGGGUGAGGACACGGGAAUAGGAACUACUCCUGAAAUUUGGCGUAUGGCACCUAUAUUCCGAGUGUUUUUCUAUACCGGCAUGUUACGGCAAAAGUCGCAUUUGGUGCCGAGUGCGUGGUUUAUUGCAUAAAGCAAGCACAACGUGAACUUUCUUAAUUUAAAAGCCAUGAUAAUUAGUGCUAAGGAAAUAUUGCUGACAUAUAUUACCCUAGUAAAACAGAAUAAGUAAACACGACACAAACAUCUAGUUCAGGAAGGCCUUCCUAUUCCCUUGUCCAGAAAAUCUCUACCAUUCAGUUAUAAUUCUAACCGCCGAGCAACGGACAGCUCCAAAUUAUUGGCUACUUAGAUAAAUGUGGAGAUCACGAUGUGAGUGAUUAUCCUUCAAUUUGAAUAAUAUUUCGUGCCUUCACAGCUUACUGUUCGUCAACACUCCCCCAAUGGUUUAGCAAGCAAUUACCACAGAAGAUAGUUUCUGAUAUGAUCCGGCGCGAUGGACUGUUUCUAGGCUCGUCUGUGAUUACGGUGGUUUCAAGCCUCGGACCGGUGUUUGUGGUCACUGCUGAUUGACCGUGGCGUGCAGCCAGUCGCGUUAGGGACGGUUCAACUAUCAGGCAGUAGACAAAUGAAUAAAAUUGUUCUUGUGCACUGUAGUGCCAUCGGACAAAGGGACAGGCAGAGCAUAAUCACCAUGAACGGAAGAAGUCACUAGGGCCACUUGCACACCCUUUGUUUUGUUCUUUUCUUCAGCGGACUAAGUGUUAAUUCGGGAAGUUUUUCUCGAGGCUAACCGCAUUUUGGCAUAGGGAGGCUGCUGUCAUCAGAAAUACGGAGUAACCUGCCUCUGUCUUGCAUUCCCCGCCAUAGUGGUUCAAAUAACAGUCCCGCCGUCGUUGCCGAGGUCGUCCACCGCGUGCAUCACAGUACGAUGAGGGCAGGGGCGGUGCUUUUCGCGUGAAUUAUUCUACUGUGAUGGCAGACUUGCACAGUAACUAUCGCGCUCUCUCCUCCCCACGUGGAUCAAAUGUCAGUAGAGAGUGAAGAAGGUCGGGGAGGGAGGAGGGAGCAGGUGGAGGGGCCGGUCGAGCCAGCACUUUGGUGUUGCACUACACACCCCCUGGUUCACACAGAAAAUGACCAGGUUUUUGACCAAAAACAACAGCAGCAGUCCAACGGGGGUCAGAAGUACGAUGAUGAUUGGGCAGCCAUGCCCACCACUUGUAUACGCAGCGCAAACGCAAGCGCAUCUACCGCCAAGGAGCCAGGUGUCAGGGAACUGCCAGCGCAUACCAAACUGCGAUGGCUACGGUUUGCUGAUACUGGCGUAGCUCACGCUUACAGACUUUUUUAUCUGGAAGGGCGGCGUGUGUUCCUGCAUCUACUCUGGGCCGCUACCCUUCAGGUUGAAUAACCAAACAGUCGUCGACUGAGAAGCACUACACAUAAAGUACACACGCUCUCCCCACAUACAUGAAAGUGUCACAGAUGGCUUGAGAAGGGACCGUAAGCCCCUGGGUCUCAGCCCACUAGUCCGCCACUUCACACACACACGCACACUUACACACACACACACAACUGGGCAGAUCGUGUGGACUCCGAGCAGCAGGGGAGACGCAAUGAGACGCAGUCGAGAGGCACACUUCUCACUUGCGUGGAAGGUGGCAGUUGGGUGCUUGUGGUGGGUAAUAUUGAUGUGCGGUAAGAUAUUGGUGAGGGAGCAUGCGAUGGUGUGAUGCAGCUGAUGGAUGUCUACUGUAGGUCUUGGUGGACUCCCAUGUGGCCUGAUAGAGUCAUGCGAGUGAAUAAAUGUGCGACUGUAUUGUGCUUGAGGAUGGGAUUCCUCCUGGGAUUUAGCGUAGGGCACCUACAUUCCGGUUGUGUUCGCUAUUCCGGUUAAUGGUCGUAAAUGUCGCAUUUGAGCAAAAUGCCUGAUUUAGUACUGAAAACAAGCAAAAAAAUUAUUUCUCGUUGUUUAAGUGCCAGCCACAUAUUGCUGACAUAUAUCAACUCACCCAAAUGAAACAAGUAGACAUGACAUAAACAUCUACGUAUGAUUAUUACUGCGAUGUAACGGACGACAUCAAAUUAUUGGGUUUUCCGAUGAUUGUGCCUACCAUCAUAAGACCGAGUGUCCUUAGGGUCGAAUAAUAUAAUUCUGCGACUUUACUGUUUAUUGUUCGUUCUCAAUCCCGCAAUAGUUUAGCGAGCAAUAACUACGGAAGUUAUUAUCGGACAUGAUUCAGUGCGACAGACUGAUACUGGGGUUGUAUGUCAUAACGGUGCUUCCAAGUCUCAGACCGGUGUUUGCGGUCACUGCUAAUUGACCGUGGCGUCCAGUCAGUUUAAACUGGAGAAGAUUCAACUAUCAGGCGGUAUACAAACGCAUGAAAACAGUUUUAUGCCCUGUGGUGCCAUUUGGCGAAGGAGCAGGUAAACCAUGAUCACCAUGAUCACCAUGAUCUGAGGAAGUCGGUGAAGGCACUAGCACUCCUUCGUUUUGCCUCUCAGUUAGCGGAUUAAUUGCUAUUUAGAGGUUAUCGUUUUUGAAAACAACGGUACUUUGAAAAAGGAGGCUGUUUCUACAGAAGUUCGGAUUAAUACGCCUCGAUCUCGCAUUCUCCACCAUACUAUAACUUAACUUAAUCACUCAACGAACGAACUGUUGGCAAUACUGACCUUAUUUCUGAUCAUAUUUUACGGUUAACAGAUCAAUAAGACCGAAGGCUGUCUCAACAAUUACGUGGAAGUCUUCGACGGUCCUUCGGAGUCCUCACCGUCGCUGCACAAGCUUUGUGGUUUUGAGAGGCCGGAACGUAUCUUCUCGAGUGGUAACGCGAUGACUAUUCGUUUGGUCCUCAGCGGUUCAGCUGCAAGGCAAGGAUUAUUAGCCAAAUAUGAGAAAAGUAAGGGCUGUGAGCCACAGGAAAUAUACAUGAUGUAA